ACAGGUCGUUAAUCUAAAUUGGGCCAUGAAAUUAUCCUAAUUGGCUAUUGGUUAGUCAAGUCGGCCAUAACAUUUCAGUUUGUGUUGCCACAAACAUGAAGAGACUCGUGUUGGCCACUGUGUUGGCGUGUUUCGCCAACAAUGUUGGCGUGGGGGGGUAUCUGGUUGGAGCUGGAUUGAACGUCAGAUUUGGUCAAAUGCUGCACACGGACAGUAAAUACCAGGUGUUACGAGAGGAGAUGGUGAAGGCCAACACACGGAACCUGGUAUACCACUGCAGAGCUGACAAGAGUGACUGUGACGCUGCUUUGGCGAAGAUGAGGUAUAAGGCCAGCAAGCACUUCUAUGCGCUGUCGAAGGCUGUGGUGGAUUACGUCAAGAAUAAGCGCCAGGCCAGGCCUACGGGAUAUGUUGGAACUGCCACGUUCUGCCAAGAUAACAUCUGCGUACCUGACACCGACCCUCCCAUCGUGUUCGGAGGCUGCUUUACCCUGGUCUCCUGCGGAGGCAACCAAACCUGGCACUUGGAUCCUAUCGUAUACAAGAAGAAGAAGGGACGGUUCUUUUAGUAAAAUGCUUAAUAAAUAUAUUGGUAUAUUCA